AUGGAUAAUAAAACUAUUUUAAAUUCAACAUUAUUCAAUAAAAAUAAAUAUCCUAAUUAUUCAAUUGCUUUUUGGAUGUAUCUCAUUAUGUUUAUUUUAUCAAUUGGUUGUUCUCUAUUUAUUUUUUUACAAUUUAUUUUCAAACGUGCAUUGAGAAUAAACGUUAAUAAUCAUGUUGUUCUGGUUGUACUAAUUUGUAGCUUUUUACAGGUAAUCAGUGAAUUACCACUUGUUUUAGUUUAUUUUCGUACAAAUGUUGCUCUAAUUCCAUCGGAUACAUUUUGUGCAUUAUGGUGUUAUGUUGAUUAUGCAUUUAAUGUUGUUAUUCUUAUGCUUAUGUGUCAUGCUUCAAUUGAACGUUAUUUACUUGUAUUUCAUCAUGUUUUUAUUUAUCAUCAUUUAAUUAUAUUUCAUUAUUUACCAAUUAUUUUUUCUAUUAUUUAUCCAUUUUUAUUUUAUUUUGGAUUUAUUUUUUUCUAUCCAUGUGUCAGUCAAUAUGAUUAUACAAAAAUAACUUGUCAAGGACCUUGUUAUCUUUUUGAACGAAUACCUGGUUCAAUUGAUUUAUUAAUCAAUAUUACUUUACCAUUAUGUAUUUCUAUAUUGAGUAAUAUAUUUCUAUUAUGUCGAGUUUUUCAUCAAAAACAUCGUAUGAAACAACAACAAAAAUGGAAAAAAAAUCGACAUCUUGUUAUUCAAUUAAUAUCAAUCGUUAUCGUUCAUAAUUUAGUUUGGCUUCCUAUUAUAAUUUGUCUUUUAAUAGAACUUUUUUCUCCCGUAGUAGAUCAAAUUCUUAUUGAUUUAAGUGUUAAUCUAUUUACGUAUAGUAUUUAUAUUGUUAUUAUGAUUUGUCCAUUUGUUUCAUUACUUGGUCUUCAUGAUGUAAGACAACAAUUCAUUCCACGAUCUUCAAUGUCAAAUAGAAUAUUAAAUAUAAUACGACCUAGAGCACGUUCACCAGUUAUACAUGUAUUACCUCUACCUUUGAUGCCAUUACCCAAAACAGAACAUGUUUCAAAGUUAAAUAACAAAGUUGAAAAAUAG